GUUUCCCUCCCUCUUGUGCUUCUUUUUCUAUAUAAACCAGCUUCACGAGGCCUAAGUUUCCAUAUAAAACCAUUAAAGCUAUGGUAAUGGAGAAGAGGGUUUUAGUUGUUAUUGCUCUAUCCUUUGCUCUGCUUCUUGGUUUAGCCCAGAGCUUCGAUUUCCUUGAAAAGGAUUUGGAGACUGAAGACAGUCUCUGGAACUUGUACGAGAGAUGGAGGAGUCAUCACACGGUUUCUCGAGACAUCACAGAGAAGCAAAAGCGUUUCAAUGUCUUCAAAGAGAAUGUCAAGUACAUUCAUGAAUUCAACAAGUUGGAUCAUCCCUACAAGUUGAAGCUCAACAACUUCGCAGACAUGACCAACCAUGAGUUCAGGAGCACAUACGCAGGCUCCAAAGUGGGUCACCACGCCAUGCUUCGAGGGCCUAAGCGUACUACUGGUGGCUUCCUGUACGAAAACUUUGAAAAGGUCCCUGCUUCAAUCGAUUGGAGGGCCAAAGGUGCCGUUAACCCUGUCAAGAACCAAGGCCAAUGUGGAAGUUGCUGGGCAUUUUCAACUGUGGUUGGGGUUGAGGCCAUAAACCAAAUCAGGACCAAGAAGCUCGUCUCCCUAUCUGAGCAGGAGCUGGUCGACUGCAGCAAGGGUGAGAAUGAAGGCUGUAAUGGAGGACUUAUGGAUUACGCAUACGAGUUCGUUAAGACGAAUGGAGGGCUCACAACCGAGGAAAACUAUCCCUACACAGCCAAAGAUGGGUUUUGUGAUGCAUCAAAGACGAAUGUACUCCCUGUGGUGACAAUUGAUGGACAUCAAGACGUGCCAGCCAACAACGAAGCUGCCCUGUUGAAAGCUGUUGCAAACCAACCUGUAACUGUUUCCAUUGAAGCAAGCGGCAAAGCAUUCCAGUUCUAUUCAGAGGGGGUAUUCAGUGGACCUUGCGGAACAGAGCUAGAUCAUGGAGUGGCGAUUGUUGGGUAUGGAACAACUGCAGAUGGGACUAAGUACUGGAUCGUGAGGAAUUCAUGGGGAGCCAAAUGGGGAGAGCAAGGUUACAUUAGAAUGCAGCGUGGAAUCCCAGCUAAAGAGGGACUGUGUGGCAUAGCCAUGGAGGCUGUUUAUCCCAUCAAAUACUCUUCUGAACAUGCUUCUCUCAAGGACGAACUCUGAGGAGUCAGCAGUCAGGACUGAGUAUUUCAUUUACGUACACCACCAUCCUAAGAUUGCAGAGAUUUGUCACUUGACACAAAUCUUGUAGCUUCUCUUGAACGUUAGCAUGCUUAGGUUGUAAAUGGAAUCCCUUAGAUUUCAGAGAAUGAAAUAAAAGUUUGUAGUUGGAUCAA